CACAACUAUGAAGUGCUUACAAGGCAUUGACAAGUGGGGAUGAGUCGAGUAUGGAAUUUAGCGAGUCAACCUGGUGGCAGAACUCAGAACUUGACCGGAAAUCAACAAGUCACAGGUCAAGCGAUUGGUCAAUAUAUGUACGACAAUGACGACAGCGGUGUCAGUAUUGGGAUGAAUAUAUCAGCAAAUUAUUUACCUCGUAUGGAUCCAUCAAGUUAUAAUCCAGCUGCUGAUGUUGUGACACGUCGCCUACAGCAUUUCCAUUUUGACGAAGCUGAUAACUCAAGAAAUAUUGACUGGUAUGCCGAAGGUGAGAACAAGGAAAAUAUAUGUCCACUUUUAGGACAAAAUCAAACUGACAGGGCGACUAAUUUUACUUUGCACGACGUUUUAUCACCGGAUUUGCCUCCCGUUAAUAUGAGAAACAUUCUACGAAUUUUUUCACAAUCGAGACGACGUGGGAAUCAUAACGGACAAGAAAGAGAAACUUCUACUUUUCCAUUUUUGGUAGAGCAUAGAUCGCCCAACUCUUCACGAGUUACAUCUGAUUCUGUUUUGUCGCUUUCAUCGAUUCGUUCAUCUGGUUUUUCUCCGUUAUUAGGUUCUCAUCCCAUUCAUGCAACACCCAGACACUCACCAGUUCGGCGCCGAGCAAGGACAGUAACGGAGGAAGUGCAAAUCGUAUCUUUAGAGGAUUUACCAGAAAUAAAUCCUUUUGGACCGAAUGGUACCCCACCACGAACACCCUCUCCUGAGUCAUUUACUGCAAUCCAUGACGCUUCCGGAAGUCGAAAUUCGAGGGGAAUUCUUACCAACGAGCAGAGAGAAGAUGAACAUGCUGUCAUCAUUGGUGCAGAUACAGCAGCAAGCACAAGUUUUGUCACUCCACCCUCUAGACCUCUGCAGCCACCUGUGGCUCCCAGAAAAAGAAAGUCGACAGGAAAUCUUUGAAAACCAUUGACAGUCCUUCAUUUUUUCCAAGAACUACCGCACACUUAGGAUUCAGGAAAUCACAUUCUGUGAGGCUUGUGUUACCCGGAAAACACAGGUUGUUUCCUCCUUCUACUGAUGCCAGUGUUUCAUCUAUGGUACUUCGAUCGGCACUGAAGCCACGUCGUUCAACACGUGUAAAAAGAAUGCCGAAUCGCUACAAGUGUAAUUUCUAUCAUCGCGCUGACUUACAUAAGAAGAAAGGACACAAUCUUUUGAAGCAUUUUGCAAGGAAAACAUGAACAAGAAGUAAUGUCAAGAUGCUACUUUGCAAGCGUUCCAGCAUUCGUGGAAGAGAAGGGAUGAAUGCUUUUGAUCAUGAAAAUCUGGAAAUUAAUGGAGGAUUUGUUGGAUUUGUUGCACUACAUUGUUUUUUUCUAUUCCUAAAUUUAAUAGAUCUUGUUCCGUCAGAUCUGUGUGAUUUUCUUCGGAUAAUAUUGCUUUAUGUACAUUAAUCUUCAGCUUAUCAUUUCAAUAUUUUAACUAAUGAAACACUUCCGUGUUGUAUGAUUAGGAAAGAUUCUACUAUGCAUCGUAUAGCAAGAAAAAUUUGCUCUAUCGGGGCACAUCAAUUAUUUGUUCUUUCUUCCGCUUUUGUCAUCACGUGAUGUUAAUUUUCGAUAUGAAAUCCACG